UCUAUCUCUGUGUAUAUCUAUCUAUUCCAUCGUCUCUCCUCCCCGCGGAUUGACAAAAUUUCGGUAAUUUCCAUCAUCAUUCUAUAUACAGGAAAAUGACAGAGAAGAUGAUAAUUUUGCGACUUAAAAUUAAUUAGAGAUAUAAACACAGUUAAUUAAUUAGCUAAUUUAAAUUAGAUUAGACUAGAUCCUUAAUUAGAGAUAUUCAAUUGUUUGAUAGUGUAUUUACAUAGUAUAGAGUCAAUUCAGAAGUUUAUACAAUGAAAUAGAAGUAUAGUGAAGAGAGGUUAAAGUAUCAUAUUGUCUAUUCAAUUGCAAUUACGAGUCAUAUUAUCCUAGAGGGAAAACACACAUCGUCCUUCACUUCAUUUGUUAUCAUACAAGCUAGUGUAUAUCAAUGCUGCUGCUGGUAAAGCAAGAGGAAGAAAAUACUGAUUUCGCUCUGAAAUGGAGACAGAAUAGAGCGUGUGCAAGAUGCAGACGAUUGAAAAUGAAAUGUUCAUAUGAUGAUCCUCUGCAUGCAUCUUGUAAACGAUGUUUUACUAUUGGAGUGGAAUGCUCUUUUGAUAAUGAUCCAACAGCAAAGUUUGCUAAGAAGAAAAGAAGAAAAGUAAUGGAUGAAAGUUCAACCAUCUUAAAUUCAUUGAUUCAAGAAUCUCAAACAUCAUUAAAUAAAUUACCGUUUGAUUUAUCUGAUUUUCCAGAAGAUGGUUUACAAACAUUAUUAAAUAACUAUAAAGCCAUCAUUUCAAAAGUAUCAGAGGCUAUGCCGCAUACAAACAUUAAGAAAUCAACAUCAACCACUUCAUCUACAUCAUCAUCUACCACUAUUUCUACCUCAUCUGGCUCCAAUACAUACCCAUUCAUCUUAUUCCAGAAGAAUCUCAUUAAAGAAUUAAUCGAAUAUUAUCAAUAUUUCACUAUAGAAGAAGCAAGAACUAGAUUUGAUUUCUUUAUCUAUCAUAUGCUACCUUAUUACCCUGCUGUGGGAUUAUCGAAAAACUUUAAGGAUUUCGAUAAUUUAUACGAAAAUUAUCCUUUACUAUUAACAGCAUGCAUAUCAGUCACAGCUGUUAAUGAUAAUAAAUUAUCUGAAUCUGAUAGCAUAUCGAACUCCAAGAUCUAUCAGUUAUUAAAUCAUUAUCUAUACAAUUUCAUCGCCUACUAUGUCCAUGUCAAAUGUGAUGAUUUCUCCAUUGACUUAAUCUAUGUUUGUUUAAUACUAUCAUCAUGGUGUUUACCACCUAAUAAAUUAGGUCAUUUCAGAAAUCAAUUGAAUUCAUUAACAGCUUUCAAUAUCUCCUUAUGUAUAGACCUAGGGGAAAUAUCUAAAUUCAAAGAUCGAAGUCAUUUAAGUGAUGAUUCAGAUGAAAGAAAUAGUUUACGAGCCCUUUUAAGUGUUUAUUGUUGUUGUGGAUCAUUAGAAUUAUCAUUAAGAAGAUUUAAAUUAGUCACAUGGACCAAGAAUCAUGAUUUGGCUUCUCAAUUAUUAAUGAAAUCAGGAUAUGAUGAUUUACCAAGUUCUGAAGAUAAAUACUUAUGUUAUUUCUCCAAGAUUAUAGCUACUGCUCAAGAAAUUUUAGAAUUUGUAUCACCAUUAGGAGUGAAUAAUUCAUCAUUAAUACCGAAGAGUUUUAUUGAUAAUACAGAAGAAGAUCAAGGAAAUGAACAUGCAACUUAUUUAUCUCCAACUCAAGUUAAAUACGUUUUGAAUACGUAUGAACGAAAAUUAGAUCAGAUUUUAGAUGAAAGUGGAUUCAUGAAAUCAGACUCUUCAAAUCAAGAACCAAAAGAAAAAUACGUCCUUUGUAUAAUGUAUUAUCAAUUACUUAUCAUCAUCUAUGAUAAUCUCAUCAGUGGAUUUUUAAGUAGUCACGAGUCUCUUGAUAAUAAGACAUCAUUAUUUCUGAAUAAUGAACUUGAGAUCUGCUUGCAACAUAUCAUUAAAUUAAUCAAGAUUUGUGAAAGCUUGGUUGAUUUCUUUGUCAAAUUGAAUUCAAAACAGACUGUUAACUACCCAACGGUAUUAUAUUAUAGACCAAUGCAUGCGUUGAUAUUAAUGGUGAGGUUAAGAUUGGUUCUAAAAUCUCAAAAGUUUUUAAGUAUGCAUGUCAGUACACUUGAGAUUAAUGUGGAAGGAUAUUUUAAUAAAGUAUCUGAAAUCAUUAUUGAGAAUGAAAAGAUUUAUAAUUCAGAAGUGUGUGUAAAGAUGAAGAUUAUCCUUAACAAGAUUGAACGGUGGAUGAAAGUUUCUAAUAUUUAUAAAGCAAGAGGAACAAAUGGUGCUAGUAAUGAUAUUAAUCUAGAUUUGGUGAAGUUAAUCAGUAUGAGUAAAGAUCAGGAAAUCGAAAGCUUGGAUCUUCCCAAAGAUUAUGAUGAUGCCAGCAAAAGGAAAACGGCCGAUGAAAGUAAACCUCAAUCAAAGGGUCAAAGCCCAGUUACAGCAACUAUAACUUCUGAAGUGGUAGUCAAUGCCACCACCACUACUACAACUUCUUCUUCUGAUCCAAGUUCCGUAGUGAAUGAUCCAAGUGAAACGUCAACUUUUGCAUUGGAGAAGAUCUUUCAAGAAAUUGAUGCUGAUAUUAUGCAUUAUUUAAAUCCAUUGGAAUCUGAUUUUAAUUAUUUAUCAGAUCUAAAUGGUGGUUCACUUAAUUUAUUAAAUCAUGGAAUGGAUAUUUUGGAAUCUCCAUCCAACAAUUACAAUUAGGGGUAUGAUUAAAUUAGAUUAUUUAUUA